CGUAGCGUCACUUCAGGAAGACGGCGUGAAGAAUGGCGGCUCAGUCAAAAAAGUCCGAAACGGCUUUGAAUUUGAGUCCUACAUCUGGACACGAGCCUCCUAGUCCUGUAGGGAUGGAGCUGCGGCAGAGGAAGGCCAGCACGAGUUCAUCUGAGGAUGAAGACCAUUAUAAUGUGCUCAGGAGUAUUGCGGAGGGCCAACGUAACCCUGAAGCAGAUAGACAUAAAGGUUGUCCUGAUUCAGACCAGCCUAAGGGUGCUGGCUCCAGAGAUGGCAGUCCACGAGCAGGUAGCCCCACCGAGAGGGCAUCGACCAAGUCCAGUGGCUCUGACAGUGACAGCAGUGAAGACAACAGUGAUGAUGGUGUAGUGCACAAGAUGAAGAGUAGAGUCGCACAUAUCAGGCAUGUCUCUGAUGAUGAGGGCAAAAACAGACGAAGAAGCACCUCGCCUGACAGAGAUGAAACUCAGAGGUCACCGUCAAGAUCUCACUCCAGAUCCCGUUCUCCACCAGAUCGCUAUGGAAGGGGUCGUAGGUCCAGGGAGCGCGAGCGAGACAGAGGCCGCUAUGGCGAUCGAGAUUGUUAUGAGCGGCGCUCUAUCAGAGAGAGGGAUUGGGAACACAGGAGGAGGGGAAGGUCGGCCUCACCAGACAAGAAUGACAAACCUCCUGAGGAACCUCCGGUGAAGAAGAGAAAGGAAGGUUUGGAUCCCAUCCUGACCCGCACCGGUGGAGCUUACAUCCCACCCGCCAAACUGCGCAUGAUGCAGGCGUUGAUCACCGACAAGAGCAGUUUGGAGUAUCAGAGAAUGAGCUGGGAAGCCCUCAAGAAAUCCAUCAAUGGUCUGAUCAACAAAGUCAAUGUUUCCAACAUUGCCAACAUUAUUCAAGAGCUGCUGCAGGAGAAUAUUGUGAGGGGCAGGGGUCUUAUGGCCAGGUCUAUACUUCAGGCCCAGGCUGCUUCUCCCACCUUCACACAUGUUUAUGCUGCUGUGGUAGCCAUCAUCAACUCCAAGUUCCCUCAGAUUGGAGAACUUAUCCUCAAGAGGCUUGUUCUAAAUUUCCGGAAAGGCUACAGGAGGAAUGAUAAACAACAAUGUCUCACAGCAUCAAAGUUUGUGGCUCAUCUCAUCAACCAGAAUGUGGCCCAUGAAGUCCUGUGUCUGGAGAUGUUAACACUGCUGUUGGAAAGACCCACCGAUGACAGUGUUGAAGUGGCCAUCAGCUUUCUAAAAGAGUGUGGUCUCAAGCUAACAGAGGUUUCCCCCCGAGGCAUCAAUGCCAUCUUUGAGCGCCUGAGGAACGUCUUGCAUGAGUCAGAGAUUGAUAAGCGUGUGCAGUACAUGAUUGAGGUGAUGUUUGCCAUCAGGAAGGACGGGUUUAAGGACCACCCCAUCAUCCCUGAUGGACUUGACCUGGUGGAGGAGGAGGACCAGUUCACGCAUAUGCUUCCUCUAGAAGACGAUUACAAUACUGAGGAUAUCUUAAAUGUCUUCAAGUUGGAUCCCAACUUCCUGGAGAAUGAAGAGAAGUACAAAGCAAUUAAACGGGAAAUUCUGGAUGAAGGAAGCAGCGAUUCUGGCAAUGAUGCAGAUGGCAGCGGAGAUGAUGAUGACGAUGAUGAUGAAGAUGUUGAGGCGGCAGCUGGAGAUGAAGAAGAGAAAGUUACCAUUUUUGACCAGACAGAGGUGAACCUGGUUGCAUUCCGCCGAACGAUUUACCUCGCCAUCCAGUCAAGCUUGGACUUCGAAGAAUGUGCCCACAAGUUGAUAAAAAUGGAUUUCCCUGAGAGCCAAACGAAAGAGCUGUGUAAUAUGAUCUUGGACUGUUGUGCCCAGCAAAGAACGUACGAGAAGUUUUUUGGCCUCCUGGCUGGGAGGUUCUGCCUGCUAAAGAAAGAAUACAUGGAGAGUUUUGAAGGCAUCUUCCAGGAACAGUAUGAGACCAUCCACCGCCUCGAAACGAACAAACUGCGCAAUGUUGCCCGAAUGUUUGCUCAUCUUCUCUACACUGACUCCGUUCCAUGGAGUGUCCUUGAAUGUGUAAGAAUGAGUGAAGACUCGACGACUUCUUCCAGUCGAAUCUUUGUGAAAAUUUUGUUCCAAGAGCUUUGUGCUUAUAUGGGAUUGCCUAGACUGAACGAGAGACUAAAGGACACGACUUUACAGCCAUUCUUCGAGGGUCUGUUCCCACGUGACAACCCAAGAAACACAAGAUUUGCUAUUAAUUUUUUUACAUCUAUUGGCCUUGGAGGACUCACGGAUGAGCUUCGAGAACAUCUGAAGAAUGCUCCUAAGAUGAUCAUGACCCAGAAUCAGGAUGUGCAGUCAUCUGAUUCUUCCUCAUCUUCCUCAGACUCCUCCUCAUCCUCAGAUUCCUCGUCUGACAGUGACAGCAGCGAGAGUGAUUCUGAUUCGUCUAGUGACUCAAACUCUUCCUCUAGCAGUGGCAGCUCUUCAGACUCAGACUCAAGGCACAAGAAGGUGUCCGGCAAGAAGAAGAACAAGAAAAAGGAGAAGAGUUCCAGCAAUGCAGCAAAGCAGCAAUCUUCUCUAGAGGAGCAGCCCAGCAAAAGACACGAAAGUCGGCAGCAAAAUAUCAGCCCAGAGGACCGCCGAAGGUCCAACAACCACAACAGAGAUUCCCACCGUCGGGGAGGAGAGGAGGACUCACCUCCUGCUCGACAGCGGGGAGAACCAGAGCGUGGAAGAAGACACAAGGACCAACAGCAUCACCGGGACGCACAGGACUACGAGGACAAACGGCAGGACUCGCGCAGCCGGCACAAGGACAGCAGUAAAAAUGGCUCACAGGUGGACAAGGACAAAGAUGGAUGGUCUAGCAGAGAGAAGGAGCCUCUGCGGCGAAGCAGAGAGAGGUCAAAGUCACGAGAGCGGACCCGCAAGGACAUCGACUUCAGGGAUUCAUACAGAAAUGGCAUGGAGAGAGCGGACAAAGAGAACAGGCAUUCUGACAGAUAUAAAGAAUCCAGGAGAGAAGAGAGAAGCAGGAAUAGUUCUCCUAGGAGGCAUAGAUAGCCCUCUUGAAGAAGAGGGAAUAAAAAUCAUGACAGUCAUGUUGUUGUACCAACUUUAAACCAUCCUUGUUCACUGCGGUUCGUAGCUAUGUGCUCUUGCUUAGCCUUGAUUUUGGGGAACGAUAAAGCAUAAUGAAAGUGAGCAGUCGUUGCUGUGCACACAGACUAUGAAUCUGUGUAAAGAGUUCCUGAAAUUAUUUUAUCGGUUAAAAUGAGCUUUGUUCAUAUUGUGGGAGACAUUUCGUAUUUUAUGUUUACUAUAUAUAUCGCCCAAUGUUUGUUGUUGUUUAAAAUAAGUGAGGGAAAAAACAAGAUUAAA